GGCGGCAGCGCUGAGGCAUGGAGGGCGCUGUGGGGGCUUGGGCCGGGGGCGAGAGGGGCAGCGCUGCCCCCCCGCCUGGCCUCCGCAGGGACGACCACUGCUGCAACAGCCCCUUCUUUGCAGAGCUGAAGCUGAUGUUCAUGGACAGAUGUAACCUCCAAUGUCAUCAGCUGCGUCACUUGUAAAUGCCAUGGCACCUUCCCAGAGCUGGGAUGAACAAAGUCUCUUUCCUGGUAACGGGCUGUCAUUGCCCCAGGGUUUCCACCUGCUGCCGCAGCCAUGCUCUCUGAGCCCACACAGCUCCCAUCUUCCCACCACUUCUACUGUGCUCACAGAGCUGUGGGUGGCAGCAGUCAUUAGCUAUUUGAUUUGGACCCAUUCCUCAAAGAACUUCAGAAAAAAAAAUAAAAUUUGUGACUCCUUUAGAGUGUGUUUCAGUUUUUAGAGCUGGGUUGCCUGCUGGGACCCUGGACUGGAAAUUAGGAAAUCUGGGACCAUUUCCCAAUAUUUCCCAGGCUUACUCAGUGAAUCUGGACACUUUACUUAACCAGUCAGUUCACAAUCUGUGAAUUAAGUAACUUCUACCAUCAUUCUUCAUAUUGUCUGGUCUGCUCAGGGUGGAAAGGGGCUGAGACAUUCCUUUGUUAUUACCUUACACAGCCUACAGAGAGAGCAGCGAAGCCCUGAGCUUGGCCAGAGUCUCCAGCUGCUUCAGAAAUAGUCACUGGGCAUAAAAUGGACACGUUUUCCUUCCAGACAGCGCCAGGCUGAGGGCAGAGAAGUGAAGUGUUUUCCUCUAGCUGAAAAUAGGAGAUGGUGUGUGUUUUGGGCCGUCCUUGCUUUGUCUUCCCAGUGUUUGUUCCUCUGUGAAUGUCUUCUGGGAGCAGCUGAUGGCUGGUGUGGAUGCAAUUGCUUCUGACCGGACUGUUCAUCAGCUCUUGGAGCAAAUGUCUUUGUUUUGCUGCAGAAGAGGAAGAGGCCCAGCAGCCUGGAGCACUUGAUAUUGUGCGUUAUGCAAAUGGCUGUGCGUCAGAGGCAGGGCUGCCUGCUCUGCUGCUGCCUGCUCAGGCGAGAGGCCCUGCGGAGGGCUUCCCGUGGGAGCAGAGAACAGAGGAACUCUUGUUCCAGCUCUUGCUGGUGCUGCUUCCAGCACAGUUGCCCGCUUGCUGGGCUGGGCCAGCAGCAGCAAUGCCCGUGGGAAUGGUCUAUGUCCCGUGGUUCUGUCCUUUGCUUCUGUAUUUAUCUCAGCUGGCUGAAAAGGACACGUUAGUCCGUGGCUCCAAAUGAAGGUACUUGUUACAGGGGAUUAAUAAACGGUAACCUCAGAGAUGCUAACCCUGCUGUUAUUAGGGAUCUUUGGGAGCCUCAGUGAUUUUCAUCCCAUGGCUAAAUGUUUCUUCUCCCAGGAGGCCGGAGCAAUUGCAGAGCCAGAGCCCUGUGCCACGUCCCGACACUGGGGCAGGCUGCCGCGGUCCUUGCAGCCACUCUCUGUCAGCGGGGCAGCUUUUUGGGGAGAAAACAUCACUCCGUGCUCAGGAAAGCCUUGCCUUGGCCCAGCUGAGGGGGUCUCCGUGCCGGCUCCACGUGGCAUUUUGUCGGCCUGCCUCUGCUGGGUGGUGUUGGUUCCCCAAGCACGGUCGCACCCUUGCCGAGACAGGCGAUGCUGGGAGGGGCCCGGGGCUGGCACCUUGGGUGGCCCAAGGCCACGCAGUCGGGCCAGUCUUCGGCCAAGCGUGGGGCUUCCAACGGGCCAGCAUCCUGCCACCACCACACUGAGUCACCGUGUCCGCUGCUCCGCCCCGGAGCAGGGAACCGGAUCAAUAGGGCAUUCACGUAGUUCGGCCCCGAGGGCCCGCUCCCCCUGCGCUCUCAGCCGUGCCGGGGCUGUAAACGCCGGUGCUUCCGCCAGGGCUCCUUCCCCCGGGACGCUCGGCCGCCAGCCCGUGUCCGCCGGUGCGGGCAGGGGAAGCGGAAGCCGUGGGAAGCGCCGGGCGGGCCGAACCACUGAGCGAGGCGGGGGGGGGGGGGGGGGAAGGGGGAAGCGGCCUGUACCACUGCUGCUGUGCCCUGGCGGGGAGGGGGGAUGUGGUGGGUUGCUGCCGUGGAAGGGUCCGCGCGCACGUGCGGCCGGAGGGCUGGUCCAAGUGCGCUGGAGCGGCGAGGGGGGACCGGGGUGUACCAAGAUGGCUGGGGACAGUAGGGCGGCGCGGUUCGCUUCGUGCCGCGGUCGCAGCCGGGGGCGGGCAAGUGGGGCAGGGCGAGCCGCCCCCGGGUUCUUGGGCCGUAUUAGGAAGGGCCAUACCAAUGCCCAAGGGGGGAAAGAGGGCUAUACCAAUGCUGCCUCCCUCGCGGGGGUGCGUGGGGAUGUCGAAGGCCUGUUUCAACAGCGCCGGGAUGGAGGAAGCCGUUCCCCGCAGCGCGGUCAGGACCCGGCUGCUCGCACGGCAAGCCGCGGCAGUGCGGAGCGAGGCCGCCCCAACGCUUCUCACGCCGCGGUCGGCAUACCCCCAGCACCCCCGCUGCUCUGCGGGUGGACACGCCCGGCGCGUUAA